CAUGGGUAUCGACGGCCUUACGUCACUAAACAAUGUGUGCGCAGAAAAUGAUGACGUAGCACUCAAGCACACUCGUUGAAAUGCUUUCCAAGAAGUCUGCCAAAAAUGUAAACGAGGGCGUGGUUGGAAAAUAUGUGAAGAGAGACACACCUCCAAUAUUGAGAAACUAUCACACACCAGUGAGGCAAGGGACCAGUUUCCAGAAAAGAAGCAAGCAAUCACAAUCUUCAUAUAUUCCACAACCACACAUAGUGACUGCUCCCCCUCCAGUUAGGCCACCUCCAACUUCCAGCCAUGUUUAUUCUCCACAUGCUGUCGCAGCAUAUCACCAAGCACGGCACCAUUAUGUGCCUUCAGCGCUCCCAAGGACUACAUCUACAGGAGAACAGGGCAUAAGCCAUUCAUUCCAGAACUUGCAGAUUUCAAGUGUUCAAACACAAGGGCAGAAUGUACUGGCUUCAAGUCAGCCUAACAUAGCUAAUAUUGCAAGGACUCCUAGUUUUGGUGCUAAGGAUGGACAGCCCUCUUUGAAUAGGGCACACAGUUUUGGAUCCCACGAUGUGACAGGUGCUCCCUCCAGAUCUCAAGGGUAUAAUAGUGCUGUGGAGCAGCAAUUAGGAUCGCAUGCCCCUGGAAUUGUGCAACAUAAAGAUGAUAUAGACCAUUCAGAUAUAAAACAGCAUUACCAGCAUCCCUCUGCACCAGAACUAAUCAGCUUACAAAGUAAUGAUCAGUAUCAGCAAAUGUUUGAUGAGAACUAUCAGAUCCAACAAUAUCACAGGCAAAUUAGGAACCAGUACAUGCAACAGAGUGAGCAAAAGCAUAUGGGACCAGUGCAAACAAAUUUGACCAACUUUAGACAAGACAGCCGGCCAAGUGUCAGCAGUGCAAAUGCUGCUGCUGCCUCAGUGGCUGCUUCAAGUAAUCACAGUGUGCUCCAGGCAGGUAGUGAGCCUGCUUUACCCCAGGGUUGGUCUGUAGACUGGACCAUGAGAGGGAGAAAGUACUAUAUAGACCACAACACACAGACCACCCACUGGAGUCAUCCCCUGGAGAAAGAAAGCUUGCCAACUGACUGGGAGAGGAUAGAAUCACAGGAACAUGGGGUGUACUAUGUGAAUCAUACAACAAAGACGGCACAGUACUGGCAUCCUGGUGCUCCCCCCUUGCCCCAAUACAGCAGAGCUCCUCCUUAUGUAAACCCCAAUGCUCAAUUGUCUCAGCAAGGAGCAGAACCCAGGCCACAGAGCAAUGUUCUUGUGCCAGCCAAUCCAUACAACACCAUGGAAAUACCAGAAUGGUUGUAUGUAUAUUCAAAAGCACCAUCAGAGCAUGACCAUAAGCUAAAGUGGGAAUUGUUUCGCCUGCCAGAGCUAGAAGCAUAUGAUGCCAUUCUCAAUAGACUUUUCAAACAGGAGUUGGAAGAAAUUGUCAUGGGAUAUGAAGAAUACAGGGGAGCAUUACUAAAGGAAAGAAACAAAAAGACAAUGGCAGAACAUCUUCAGCAACAGCAUCAGUUACAGUCACAGCAAAACCAACACUUGCAGCAACAACAAUAUACACAACAGCAACACCACACACAACAGCAACAACAGGCCAUACAGCUACAACAACAACAUCAGCCGCAACAACAACAGCAAGUGCAACAGGGCCUUCAACAAAUACACCAACAGCAGCAACAGAAACCCAAAGAUCCCACAUCACAAACACAUGCAGGAGUUGUGGGACAAAAUAUAGAAACUAAGGUGUGAGGAUGUAAUGAGCUAUUGGAUUAUAUUUACAGAUGAAAAAAAUACAGACAAAAACUUCCGAUGGUUAAUCAGUUGAUCUAGACAUGCUGUCAAUAUUUCAUGUUGAAUUAUGGGAUGAAGAUUUCUUAGUUUUUUAAAAAGUAUAGUUAUACAUCAAUGUGAGUAAUACAGGAGUGCUUGGUAAUUGAUGUAUGCAGUAAGCAGGCAUGAAACACUAUAAAUACUGUGAUUUUUCAUGUUCCCAUAUUCUUACUUUGAAAUAUCAGAUUAUACUAAAAAAUUCAACCGUCAAUUUAGCAUUCAACCUUUGAGAAAUUUUUUUGUUGUGGAGAAGAACUUUUUAUCAGCAGUUUUUAAAUGUAGGAUUCCCUCCAUUCAUAAGUUGUGUUGAUAUAAGUAUUUAAUCUAGAGGCUUUUUAUAGGUAAAUUAUAAAUUGUAGACUGUUUACAGUCACAAGCAUUCCAAAGCAUGGGAUAUAACAGAUUUGGUUGUAGAAUGAUGAGGUUGUGGAUCAUUUUGGAAACAUAUCGCUGAACAAAUUGUGUUGCAUAAUAUCUUGAUGUAUUGGGGCUUUAGAGAAAGUUCCUUUCCUUGAAGUUUAUGAGUAGUGAAAGAUAAAAUUUGUAUUGAAAUGACUAAAUUCUUUGCUCUACACCUGUAAGUUGAAAAUCAAUUUCAGUUUUGCACAAGAGUGACAAAAUUAUUUGGUGAAAUGCAUCUAAAUGGAGAAAUGGGAGUUGCCGUCAUAAAACGGGCAUAGGAAUGAGGCCAAAUUUGUGUUGCUUGAUGUGAUACUUAGGUCAAAGUAAUUUAAGCAAUUGUUGCACAGUGCUUCAUUAGUAGGGAAGAGGGAGAACAGGUCUUUGUUUUUAUAAGAUCAUAUUAAGUAAUUUUGCACUUUUUUUGAAUUUUUUAAAAUUUAAUAGAACUGUUGAAUUUAUUACAUAAAAUUAGAUAUCCAGUAAAGAUUGUGAAUGAAUCUCUGGGAAUCAAGUUGUGAAGAUUUAGAAAUGAGAGACAAACUCUUAUGUU